GGCCCGGGAGAUGCGAGCCGGCCCGCUCCGUAGACAAUGAAGCCGCGGGCGCUGCCACCCGCCCCAGGCCGUGUGCUUCGCGGCCACACCUGCCAGCAAGGCUGUCCCUGCAUCUGACCACUUGCCAGACCCCGCCGUCCCAUGGCUUGGCGACCCGGGCCCGCAUCCCCACGCACGGGUCACGCCGCGCACGGACCGGCGGGCACCAGGGGCGCCGUACCCGCAGCCUGAGCGCGGCCGUCACUGCGCGGGGGGGCGUGGGCCCCGCUCCGGGCCCGCCCGCCGGCUUCUCAGCGCCUCGCCCGGGAAGCCACCAAUCUCGCCUCCCAGUCCUCGGCACGCUGGCUGAGGCCGGGGCCCCGGCGGGCUGCGUGGUGGCCGCGGCAGGGACACCAUGUACCUGCUGGACAGCAGCGGCGAGCCCACGUCGCCGCCUGCAGACGCGAUGCCCCGCGGACCGGCCCCCAGGAAGACUGUAUACCGCAUCUCCGUGACCAUGGUCAGGAAGGAGCAUCUGGCUGCUCCAGGCCCCAGAGGCCCCGACCAGCGCCCAGCUCGGCGACCUCGGCCGCCGCGCUCCCCGGGCACGCCUGGGCGGCUCUUGGAGGAGGAGGCCGAGGAGGAGGAGGAGGAGGAGGGGGAGGAGGAGGCGGCAGCCUUGGAGGACGCUGAGGAUUCGGAGGCCUGUGAGCCACCAGCAUGGGACUUCCGCACUUUCCGGACCCGCAGCACUGGGCAGCUGGAGCUGGGACGACUCCGGCCCUGCGCUCGCAGCCCGGAGCCGGUGGACCUGGCCAGCAACCCUCCGGAAGCAGAGGAGCGUCCUAGCAGCCCGGAACUGGAGGGGGCCCGGGCCGCACCCCUGCGGAGGAGCCUCAGCUUCAGGCACUGGAGCGAGACUGAGGAAAGCCCUGCCCUGGGAGUUGGGAGGAGGCACAGCAGCUCCGGGAGCCUGACCUGGGAUCUGGGCGAUGAGGCCCUGGACCGGAGCGCGCUGGAACCUGCGGCCAUGGCACAGCCGGCCCAGGAGAAGCGCAACACCCUGGACGUGGGCGAGGUGCUCAGCAAAAACGAGGCGCUGUCGAACACUGAGCGCUGGGAGCGCAGCAAGAGCAAGAACCGCACGCUGGACAACAGCGACCUGCAGCGGCUGGAGCGCGCGCGGGCUGCGGCCGGCUCCAGCGCGGGCCCCGAGCACCGGCUGCUGCGAUUUUUCAGCGGCAUCUUUGCCCGCAGGGACGGCGCACCGGGCUGGGGGCCCAGUGUCCGGAGCAGCAGCCGGGCGCCCCGCCAGCGGGGCUACUUCAGCAGCCUGCGGCGGGCCCCUGCCGAGGUGCACACUUCCAGCACAGAGAGCAUGGACGGUUCCCCACGCAGAGAUGCCUUCGUGAACAGCCAGGAGUGGACGUUGAGCCGGUCGGUGCCAGAGCUGAAAGUGGGCAUUGUGGGCAACUUGGCCAGUGGCAAGUCCGCCCUGGUGCACCGGUACCUGACUGGCACGUACGUGCAGGAGGAGUCCCCCGAAGACUCGGACGCAGGUGGCAGGUUUAAGAAGGAGAUCGUGGUGGAUGGACAGAGCUACCUACUGCUGAUUCGCGAUGAAGGAGGGCCCCCGGAGGCGCAGUUUGCCAUGUGGGUGGACGCGGUCAUUUUUGUCUUCAGCCUGGAGGACGAGAUCAGCUUCCAGACGGUUUACCACUACUACAGCCGAAUGGCCAGCUACCGCAGCACGAGCGAGGUGCCGCUGGUGCUGGUGGGCACCCAGGACGCCAUCAGUUCCAGCAACCCACGGGUGAUUGACGACGCGCGUGCGCGGAAGCUGUCCAAUGACCUGAAACGCUGCACCUACUACGAGACAUGUGCCACGUACGGGCUCAACGUGGAGAGGGUCUUCCAGGACGUUGCACAGAAGAUCGUAGCCACGAGGAAGAAGCAGCAGCUGUCUAUAGGACCCUGCAAGUCCCUGCCCAACUCCCCCAGCCACUCCUCUGUGUGUUCGGCACAGGUGUCGGCCGUGCACAUAAGCCAGACAAGCAACGGAGGCGGGAGCUUGAGCGACUACUCCUCCUCCGUGCCGUCGACUCCAAGCACCAGCCAGAAGGAGCUGCGGAUCGACGUACCCCCGACCGCCAACACGCCCACGCCUGUCCGCAAGCAGUCCAAGCGCCGCUCCAACCUCUUCACCUCUCGGAAAGGGAGCGACCCAGACAAAGAGAAGAAAGGGCUGGAGAGCCGGGCGGACAGCAUCGGGAGCGGGCGAGCCAUCCCAAUUAAACAGGGCAUGCUGCUGAAGCGGAGUGGCAAGUCGCUGAACAAGGAGUGGAAAAAGAAGUAUGUCACCCUGUGCGACAAUGGUGUGCUGACCUACCACCCCAGCUUACACGAUUACAUGCAGAAUGUCCACGGCAAGGAGAUUGACCUUCUGAGAACCACUGUGAAAGUCCCCGGGAAGAGGCCACCGCGGGCCACGUCGGCCUGUGUGCCCCUCUCCAGCCCCAAGACCAACGGCCUGGCCAAGGACGUGAGCAGCUUGCACAUCUCGGCCAAUUCAGGGAAUGUCUGUAGCGCGCCGGGGUCCCAGCUGGCGAGCGGCAUCAGCCUGGUCUCCUUCAACAGCCGGCCCGACGGCAUGCACCAGCGUUCCUACUCUGUCUCCAGUGCCGACCAGUGGAGUGAGGCUACUGUCGUUGCCAACUCGGCCAUCAGCAGUGACACGGGGCUGGGCGAUUCGGUGUGUUCCAGCCCAGGCAUCUCCAGCAGCACCAGCCCCAAGCUCGACCCGCCCCCCUCCCCCCACGCCAACAGAAAGAAGCACCGCAGAAAGAAAAGCACCAGCAACUUCAAGGCCGAUGGCCUCUCCGGCACCGCAGAAGCCAGGCGCAAAGCGUGGAAACUAAACCGUGUUGGUAGCCUGCGAAACAUACACAGCAGCGGCGCCAACACCGAAGAGCAAGAAGAAAACUUUGAGUUCAUCAUUGUGUCCCUCACGGGACAGACGUGGCACUUUGAGGCCACCACAUAUGAGGAGCGGGACGCGUGGGUGCAAGCCAUUGAGAGCCAGAUCCUAGCUAGCCUACAGUCCUGCGAAAGCAGCAAGAAUAAGUCACGACUCACAAGCCAGAGCGAGGCCAUGGCCCUGCAGUCGAUCCGGAACAUCCGUGGGAACUCCCACUGCGUAGACUGCGACACGCAGAAUCCCAACUGGGCCAGUUUGAACCUGGGAGCCCUCAUGUGCAUCGAGUGCUCCGGGAUCCACCGCAACCUCGGCACGCACCUGUCCCGGGUGCGCUCCCUGGACCUGGACGACUGGCCGGUCGAGCUCAUCAAGGUCAUGUCGUCCAUCGGCAACGAGCUGGCCAACAGCGUCUGGGAGGAGAACUGCCAGGGCCGGACGAAGCCCUCCCUGGACUCCACCAGGGAGGAGAAGGAGCGCUGGAUCCGGGCCAAGUACGAGCAGAAGCUGUUCCUGGCCCCGCUGCCCUGCACGGAGCUGUCCCUGGGCCAGCACCUGCUGCGGGCCACGGCCGAUGAGGACCUGCGCACGGUCAUCCUGCUACUGGCGCACGGCUCGCGGGAUGAGGUGAACGAGACCUGUGGCGAGGGCGACGGCCGCACGGCGCUGCACCUGGCCUGCCGCAAGGGGAGCGUGGUCCUGGUGCAGCUCCUGAUCUGGUACGGCGUGGACGUCAUGGCCCGGGACGCGCACGGGAACACGGCGUUGGCCUAUGCCCGGCAGGCCUCCUGCCAGGAGUGCGUGGAUGUCCUGCUGCAAUACGGCUGCCCAGACGAGCGCUUCGUGCUCAUGGCCACGCCCAACCUGUCCCGCAAGAACAACCGCAACAACAGCGGCGGGAGGGUGCCCGCCAUCAUCUGAGGAGCCAGUGCGCCCACCAAGCCCCAGGCACGUGAGUCGGGCGAGCCCCUUCCCUCCUCCCAGCGGCCGCCUGCAAACCCGCUCACUCGCGCCCCCCACAAGGAGAGCCCGGCACUUGGACCCCAUCAAGGGGUAAGGGGGAGGCUGCGGAAGCAACUCCCUGCUCCACCAACUUCCCCCGCACCCCGGCCCCACCCCGAUCGAUCCACAGGACACGCGGAGUG